UUAAUGCCAGUGACAGAUUUUGCUCAUUACAUAAAACCUGCAGAAAAAUGUUUGUGAGCUAAAUAAAUAAGUAAAUAUACUCCUACAAUAUUAAAAUGCUUCAUCAAAUACCAAAAGCAUAUUAUCUUAAACCUUGUUCAAGAUGCUUGGAAAAAUUAUCAUUCUUCAGUUAUUGUCAGCAUUUACCCUAGGACAAAACUGUUUAAGUAGAGAUUACAAUGAUGGUGCCGUAUGUGUUUGCAAUUUGAAUCAUUGCGAUAUUGUUCCAAAACCGGAAAAAGCAAAACCAUUUGAGCUUCUUAUUUACACUUCGAACAAAGCUGGUUUGAGAUUUCAUCUAGAAAAAACAAAUUUUAAAAACUUUGGUGCAUUUUCGAAUAAAAUUGUGAUUGAUUCUAAAUCUAAGUAUCAAACAAUAUUGGGGUGGGGUGGCGCCUUUACUGACGCAACGGGAAUCAAUAUUGCUUCACUAGAAAAAAGUCUUCAAGACAAACUGGUAGAAUCUUAUUUUUCUGAAAAUGGCAUUGAGUAUAGUUUGUGUAGAGUACCGAUCGGGGGUACCGACUUUUCGGUCCGUGCUUACUCGUACGAUGACGGCAAAGAAGACAAAAAUUUAACCAACUUUAACUUAGCUGAAGAAGAUUACAAAUACAAAAUUCCGUACAUAAAAAAAGCAUUAGACUUGACUGAAAACAAAUUAAAAUUAUUUGCUUCGGCUUGGACUGCACCGAAAUGGAUGAAAACUGACGGACAAUAUGCCGGUCUUGGUGGUACUCUUAAGAAACAAAUGUAUCAAACAUGGGUUGACUACUUCAUCAAAUUUUUUGAUAGUUAUAAGGAGCAAGGAAUAGAGUUUUGGGGUGUGACCACAGGAAAUGAACCUAGUUUAGCUAUAGCGCCUACCAAUCAGAUAAAUAAUGUUGGAUGGGGGGCAAACGAAAUGGGAAAAUGGAUUCUCAGUAAUUUAGGGCCUACAGUCCGAAAUUCGGCAUAUUCAGACAUUAAGAUUAUGAUAUUAGAUGACCAAAGAUCAUUUCUUCCGUGGUAUGUCGAUGAGGUUCUUAAAGACAAUACUAUUCGUAAAUACGUAGAUGGAGUCGCAGUGCACUGGUAUCACAACUAUUGGCCUCUGUUUUGGCCUGCAUCAGUACUGAGUAUUACCCACUCGCAUUUCCCUGAAAAAUUUGUUUUAGCCACUGAGGCUUGCAAUGGUGUAGGUGAGAAGUCGGUGAUUCUUGGAUCUUGGGAAAGAGGCGAAAAAUAUUCAUACGAUAUAAUUAAGGAUCUGCAAAAUUGGGUAACUGGUUGGAUCGACUGGAAUAUGGUACUCGACUUAUCAGGUGGUCCAACCUACAUUAAUAAUAAUGUUGAUGCACCAAUAAUUGUUAACGUUACGGAAGGAGAAUUUUAUAAGCAACCCAUGUAUUACCAUCUUGGUCAUUUUUCAAAAUUUGUCCCACCGAAUUCGGUACGGAUUAAAACGAGUGGUAUCGCGAACAAAAACCUACUCACGGUAGCUUUCCAAAGACCAGACAAUGCUACUGUCUUGGUAAUCCUAAACAAAACCGAAAAAGUGAUACCUGUAAGUGUUGUCGAUCCUAAUAGAGGUGUGGCACAGUUGAAAAUCAGUGCAAGAUCUAUUAUCACAAUUAUGUAUUGGUAGCAAAUUUUAAAUAAAUAUUACUUUAAAAAAA